GAAAAAAGCGAAGGAAGGAAGCAGCAGCAGCACCAGGUGGCGGCAGUCGGAGCUGAGGUCCAGCAGUGGCCGGACGGAAACGGUGGCGUGUAGCUCCCAACUUUACUGCUGAGAGCGAAAACAGAAGGAAAACGCGUUCGUCGGCUGCGGUUCGCUCAGCGACUCGGUUCCGUCCAGCUCAGUCGGGACAAACCAGGAAGUGAACCGCUGCCGGACUCGCAGCUGCUUUCCGCCGUUUUACUUCUUGGACCGACGUUCUACCUCAGCGCGGCGUCGGCUCCGUCUGUUCAGCGUUCAACGCUCGUGUUCUACCUCAGCUCAUUCUCUACACACACACAGCUUUUAUCAGCAGACUCCUCACCGUAUCGCCACCACUGCCGUUGGGAGCCAAGCGACAGAACAGUCCGCUGGGUUUCUGCCUGCUUAGGUAGUUGGACCUACCUGAAGCAGCCAUGACACACAGGGGUUGGUGAUGUCCGAGAUCUUUGACGGGCUGAGACCGGGACCAGGAACAGAGGAGGGACAGGUGUGGAAUCAUAGAGACGUUCCUCGGUUUGUGGUCGGCUGUGAUGACGACGAGCACGACAUGGAUCAGGUGGAGUUUGGCAUGAAGAGUGGGGCGUUUGAGGAAGAUGAAAUGGAGGAGGACGACGAGUCGCCGUCGGAGCGGCAAAUCGUGGUCGGCAUAUGUGCCAUGAUGAAGAAGUCCACAUCCAAACCCAUGACCCAGAUCCUGGACCGCCUCUGUAAGUUUGACUACAUCGACGUGGUCAUCUUUCCAGAGGAGGUGAUCCUGGAGGAGCCCGUGGAGAACUGGCCGCUCUGCGACUGCCUCAUCUCCUUCCACUCCAAAGGUUUCCCACUGGACAAAGCUGUGGAAUACGCCAAACUGAGGAAUCCACUGCCCAUCAAUGACCUCAACAUGCAGUAUUUUAUACAGGACAGGAGGGAAGUUUAUCGGAUCCUGCAGGAGGAGGGCAUAGACCUGCCUCGCUAUGCUGUGUUAAACAGAGACCCCAACAAUCCUGAAGAGUGCAGCCUGGUGGAGGGCGAGGACCACGUGGAGGUCAACGGGGAGGUGUUCCACAAACCCUUUGUGGAGAAACCCGUGUGUGCCGAGGACCACAACGUCUACAUCUAUUACCCCACGUCUGCUGGAGGAGGCAGCCAGAGGCUCUUCAGAAAGAUCGGGAGUCGGAGCAGCGUGUACUCCCCAGAAAGCAGUGUACGGAAGACUGGCUCUUACAUCUAUGAAGAGUUCAUGCCCACAGAUGGCACUGAUGUGAAGGUUUACACAGUGGGUCCAGACUACGCCCACGCAGAGGCGAGGAAGUCUCCAGCUCUGGACGGAAAGGUGGAGCGGGACAGCGAGGGGAAGGAGAUCCGCUACCCUGUCAUGCUGACGGCCAUGGAGAAGCUAGUGGCCCGGAAGGUCUGCCUGGCCUUUAAGCAAACAGUGUGUGGGUUCGAUCUGCUGCGAGCCAACGGCCACUCCUACGUCUGCGACGUCAACGGCUUCAGCUUCGUCAAAAACUCCAUGAAGUACUACGACGACUGUGCCAAAGUUCUGGGCAACAUGGUGAUGAGGGAGUUGGCCCCCCAGCUUCACAUUCCCUGGUCCAUCCCCAUGGAGGCCGAGGACAUCCCCAUUGUCCCGACCACCUCAGGAACCAUGAUGGAGCUGCGCUGUGUGAUUGCCAUCAUUCGACAUGGGGACCGCACACCAAAGCAAAAGAUGAAAAUGGAGGUCCGACAUCCUCUAUUCUUUGAGUUGUUUGAGAAGCACGGAGGAUACAAGUCAGGAAAGCUGAAGCUAAAGAAGCCGAAGCAGUUACAGGAAGUGCUGGACAUCGCCCGCCUGCUGCUGGUCGAACUGGGCCAGCACAACGAUUGUGAGAUCGAGGAGAAGAAGUCUAAACUGGAACAGCUCAAAACCGUCCUGGAGAUGGAAUCCAGCUUGAAUGACACUCAGUACGGUCAUUUCUCAGGUAUCAAUAGAAAAGUCCAGCUGACGUACCUGCGCAACGGCCAACCUAAAGCCUCCAGUGAAGAAGAAGAGUCUAAGAAGGACGGCCCAUCUCUGCUCCUGGUGUUGAAGUGGGGCGGGGAGCUGACGCCUGCGGGCCGAGUCCAGGCUGAGGAGCUGGGCCGGGCGUUCCGCUGCAUGUACCCUGGAGGUCAAGCCGGUGACCACCGGUCCCUUGGCUGUGAGUCACCUAUUGAGUUUGGUGACUACGCUGGGUUUCCGGGCUGUGGACUCCUUCGCCUGCACAGCACCUACCGCCACGACUUGAAGAUUUAUGCCUCUGACGAAGGCAGAGUGCAAAUGACAGCAGCUGCUUUUGCCAAGGGUCUGCUGGCUCUAGAGGGGGAGCUGACCCCCAUACUGGUGCAGAUGGUAAAGAGUGCCAACAUGAACGGACUGCUGGACAGCGACCGCGAUUCGCUGACUGGAUGCCAGCAGAAGGUCAAAGCCCGGCUGCAUGAAAUCAUGCAGAAGGACCAGGACUUUACACCCGACGACUAUCAGAAGUUGGCCCCAACAGGAAGUCCAUCACUGGUGAACUCCAUGAACAUCCUUCAGAAUCCAGUCAAAACAUGUGACAAGGUGUACGCCCUCAUCCAGAGCCUCACUUCACAGAUUCGCAAGAGACUGGAGGACCCCAAGUCUGCAGACCUGCAGCUUUACCACAGCGAGACGCUGGAGCUGAUGCUGCAGCGCUGGUCCAAGCUGGAGAGAGACUUCCGCAUGAAGAGCGGGCGCUACGACAUCAGCAAGAUCCCGGACAUCUACGACUGUAUAAAGUACGACACGCAGCACAACGCUUCGCUGGGUCUGGAGGACACGCUGGAGCUGUUCCGGCUGUCACGGGCCCUGGCCGACAUAGUCAUACCACAGGAGUACGGCAUCUGCAAAUCGGAGAAGCUGGACAUUGCGCAGGCCUACUGCGUUCCCCUGAUGAAGAAAAUCCAGCUGGACCUGCAGAGGACGCAUGAAGACGAGGCCGUUAACAAGCUGCACCCCCUGUAUUCUCGAGGCGUGAUGUCUCCUGGCCGUCACGUCCGCACGCGCCUCUACUUCACCAGCGAGAGCCACGUCCACUCGCUGCUCAGCAUGUUCCGCUACGGAGGACUGCUGAACGAGGAGAAGGACCAGCAGUGGAAGCAGGCUAUGGACUACCUGAGUGCUGUGACCGAACUCAACUACAUGACACAGAUCGUCAUCAUGCUGUAUGAGGACAACAACAAGGACCCUUCGUCCGAGGAGAGGUUCCACGUGGAGCUUCACUUCAGCCCAGGAGUCAAAGGGUGCGAAGACGAGGAGAACGUCCCGCUGGGCUUCGGCUUCCGCCCAGCAGCGUCUGAGAAUGAAGACAAGAAGCCGAACCAUGGGAGCUUGGAGGACCUCUCCCAGGACCAACCAGACCAGGCGCUCCUGGUGUCUGAGCCAAUAAACAGCCUGCGGAGGUCUCCCAUGAUCCGGAACCGCAAGACUGGCUCCAUGGAGGUGCUCUCUGAGGCGUCUCUCACCCAGUCGUCCAAAUGCACGUCCCACCGGCUGCUGCCGUCCUGCUCACGCCAGUCUCCAGAGAUCAAGCCGGCCAUGGGUUUAGGCUCGCUCUGCUCUGGCCUCUUCAGUGCCUCCACUCUUGGGGUGUCCUGUAGCGCCCCCAACCUGCGGGACUACGUCCGCACGCACCACCACCAUCGAAAACCGCCCCUGUCCCCCGGCAGCCUGCCGUGCAAGGGUGGCAUGUUCGAGCUGCUCUCUAUGCCGGCAGUAAAGAGAUUUUCUGUGUCCUUUGCCAGGCAUCCGUCUAAUGGCUUCGAAGGCUGCUCCAUGGUGCCGUCCAUCUACCCGCUGGAGACGCUGCACAACCUGCUCUCACUGAAGCAGGUGGAGGAGUUUCUCAGCCGGGUGUGUGAGAGCAGCAGCGAUGCCCACGCCAAGACCAUGAACGCUCUCUCUGGACUCUUUGACUCCCAGAACCAAGCGUCUCUCUACAGCCCCCAGCAGCCUCUGUCCUCCUCCGGCUCCGAAGCGUCUCUUCGACCACCGAGUCAGUCUCUGUGGCAUGGCAGCAUCCCCUCCAGUGCUGUGUCCAGUGCAGGACCUUCUUCUCCAAUCACAGAGAGCGCGACGCUGAACUUCAGCUUCAACCAGUAGACCGACGCCCCCUACUGGACAUCUGACGACGUGACGCGCUCGUUUCCAUCACUGGAGGCGGCCAGAACCCCCCCAGUGGACCUCCACUGGGUCAGCCUCCUCUGCUGGUGCCCAGUAACACUGUACUCACCAGUUGUGCCUUAAGUUUAAUUCAAACCCAGAAGCCAUUUUACAGAAUCAGCUGUUCAGGUCGACCUGGACUCAAAACGGAGGAGAAGCUGUGCGACGCUUUAACUCGAGUCUGGUCAUCGGCAACAAAUGUCUCCAUGAAGGUUUCAAGCCUGAAAAAGUGUUUGUUUUCUUGUGGAAAGUUAGAGGAGUAAUGAACCAAGCUACCUGAAACUCACCACAGCUGAUGUUAUACCAAAGAAAGUGUGAAGAGUGUGAGUCUUUGCUGAACUCUUCUGUGCGUGGACGGUUGGUUCAUUUUAACUCCUUCAGCACCAAAGGCGCCCGUCUCUGUUCUGUGCAGAGACGGGCGUCAGUGUUGACGCCUAUUAUUAGUUUACUUCAAACCAAAAUGACUGGUGUAUUUUUCUAAUCAAGGCAUUUGUGAACACCUGAAACUCCAGCUAGCUUCAUCAAUGUGUUUUAUAUCAGUCUGCUGUUAAAUAUAAUUUAUCUAUAAAUGUGAUUUUUAAAAGAUUUUUGAAAGAUGAAUAUUGAGUAUUCUUAUUACACACUGGGUUUUCUGCUGUCUUUUAUUGACUUUGGUGUUUACAAAUGAGAUUUAAUUUGAUAUGUGUUGCUUUUUUUAGAAUGAAAGGGAAAACCACUUGAUAAAUGUCCCUUUAGAUCACGACGACCGUCUUUUUGCUGCGGUUUCUCUGUUGUGUCUGCGUCUGAGCACCAGGUUGCGGUCGUCACCGUCUCUUUUGCUGACUGAAGUGGGGCCAAUGUGUGUUCAGUUUUUUUUUUUCUUCCCUCAUGGGCUUUACGUUCAAACGAAACUUUAUGCAGCAUCAAUACACAGAGUUUCCAACUGGUUUAAUAAGAAAUGAGCUGACUCCCACAAUCUGGAAAUGCUCGUUUCACACAUCACAACACGUAUUUAUGUGGCUUCGUGUCAGCAGAUUGAAAUUAGCCUAAAGUCCAGUGUAGUGAUGUUUGUUUAUGGAGUCUUUAGGCGCAGCUCUCAGGAGGCGGAUGGAGGCACCUCUGUCCAUGUGUAGGAGCCGAGUCAGAGCAGAAGCAGUAAUAAAAGCAGCCAAAUCAUU